GCAAAAUACAGAUUUCAUCAACCGACCGCUGCUGACGUCCCACGGACGCUUCCCUUCCCUCCUCUUUUUUACCUCAUUCCUCAUUUAUUAGAUCCCUCUUUUCUCUCUUUCCUGCGAUCUGUAAGUAAGCGCCAUCUUUUGCUGUUAGGGUUUGCUUUGUGGGAAGAAGAUUGCAAAAGAAAAGCAAAUCAGAUGGCUGCUCCGCCCGCCAGAGCUCGAGCCGAUUAUGAUUUUCUCAUCAAACUGCUGUUGAUCGGCGACAGCGGUGUGGGUAAGAGUUGCCUUCUUUUACGAUUUUCUGAUGGUUCUUUCACCACCAGUUUCAUUACCACCAUUGGCCUACUACCGUGGUGCAAUGGGCAUAUUGCUGGUCUACGAUGUUACUGACGAGUCAUCUUUCAACAACAUUAGGAAUUGGAUCAGAAACAUCGAACAACAUGCCUCUGACAAUGUGAACAAGAUAUUGGUGGGCAACAAGGCUGAUAUGGAUGAAAGUAAAAGGGCUGUUCCGACCUCUAAGGGUCAAGCUCUUGCUGAUGAAUAUGGGAUCAAAUUCUUCGAGACAAGUGCUAAAACAAACAUGAAUGUGGAGGAGGUUUUCUUCUCAAUAGCCAGGGACAUAAAGCAAAGACUCGCUGAAACUGAUUCAAGGGCCGAGCCGCAAACCAUAAAGAUUACCCCAGCGGACCAGGCAGCAGGGGCUGGCCAGACUGCUCCAAAAUCAUCUUGCUGUGGCUAAUAAUCAAACCCAUCCUGAAUUGAAGAUAGGACUGCGUGAUGCAUCCUUGAGUUGACCAUUUUGAUAGAGGAACUAGCCUUCUUAUAACCAUAUCAGUGUUGCAUGUAUUGUUAUCCCCCUAAUUAUUUUUAGAAUUGUGUUCUCUUGACAAAUCUUUAUUGGAUGAAUUAAUUAAUAUAUAAAUAUUUCUUAUGUA